AGACCAUGGUUUAAGACCCUCUUUCUGAUUUCUCAAAUCUCGAUCUCAUACUUCUCUCUCUCUCUCUCUCUCUCACGCACACGCAUACGCACACGCACAUCCAAUCUCGAACCUUAACACCACCACCCCAUGGGUUCCAGGAGGAACGACAACCCACACUACGGCGAUGGUGCCAGUCCUGGUAAAAUCUUCAUUGGAGGCUUAGCCAAGGGCACCACCUACGAAACCUUUGUGAGUUACUUUGAGAAGUAUGGAAAGAUAACAGAUUCUGUUAUCAUGAAAGACCGGCAUACACAUCGACCAAGGGGAUUUGGUUUGAUAACCUAUGAGGAUCCUUCUGUUGUUGACCAGAUGAUCCAAGAGACCCAUGUCAUCAAUGGCAAGCAGAAAUAACUCCACUAUGGGGAGAGGUGUUGUCAGGAAAUGGCAAAGAAAGUAGCCUAAUGAGUAAUGAGGCUUUUGGCGGCAGUGAUGCCUGAAAUGCUCCUUACAAGUUAUACAUUUCAUGCAGAUCUUAACUACAGUCUAUGCACAUUUGUUCCUAUUUCUUAUUCUCAUUUCUUUUUCUGAAGUACUGAAAAACUCUAAGAAAUGGGACACAACACAAGAAAUGCAAAUUCUGGAACAGCUUUCAAGAUUAUCUUGUGCACAAUCCUAACAAGAUAUGAUGCUGAUAUAAUACUGGCCAAAAUUGUGUGCAAUGGCAUCUUCCCUAUGCUGCAAUUCUAUAUUUUAAAUAUCGUAAGCAUUAGAAAGUAUUUCAAUUAGGCAGUAUCACUG